AUCACUAAAAUAUUUAGUUGUAAAGAAUUCCAAAAGCAUUCCAAAAACGGUAAUGUUUUCAAAAGGAGGGGCUACUCCACCUCCUUCCAUUUAGUUUGAGCCUUUUGAGAUCAGGAUUCAGGGUUGGAUUAUGGUUAGGUUGAUGUGAGUUGCUUUUCCAAGUGAGAGAAAUGAAGUCCAAGUGUUUCUUUGUCUAUUCUUAUUAAAUUAGUCCGGAUAUUUUCAGCCGUUAGUUUCAGAGAAAAAUGUGUUUUUUUUUCCCGAGAAAAAUUAAAUCUAAAAAUACCCAAAUAAUUGAAGGAUGGAGAUGGUGUAGGACAUUUGAGUUUGUUUCCUUUAUUUAUGAACACAUUUUCAAUGAGCAGAAGCUAAGAGGCAAAUUCUAAUAUCAAAUAUAAAUUUGCAAAAAACCAAAUUUAUAAUUUUUGAAUCCAUCAACAGAGGAAGAAAUGGUGUUUAGGAUUAAAAUAUAAAGGGUUACCAUAAAAAUAAAAGCGUGGGGAAAUGCGGUGGAGAUUGGGUCGCGGGGGAAUCGAAGGAACAUGGCGGACCUUGGGUUGGGUCCCCCGUUUUCAAAGGCUCUACCAUUCCACUUUCCAAUUUCUCCCUCCCGUUUUCACUCUGCACCAAGGUCUCUCACCAUGGCUGCCGAUCAUCCCCAUUCCUACUCCUUUUCUAACCCUAACCCUAUUCCUGACCCAUCAACUUCCCAGCCUUCCUUGCUCGUCUUCUCAGGUGGCACUGCCUUUAAUGGUGUUGUGGAAGAGCUUAAAAAAUUAACAACUUGUGUUGCACAUGUUCUCCCUGUUUCUGAUGAUGGAGGGAGUACUGCUGAGAUCGUUCGUGUGCUUGGUGGCCCAGCAGUUGGAGACAUACGAUCAAGAUGUUUGAGAUUGUCUGACCAAAGUACUUCAGAGGCUCUUGCUGUGCGCAAAUUGCUUGGUCAUCGCUUGCCUCUUGAUGCACAAGCAGCCAAAUUAGAAUGGUAUCAGAUUGUGGAAGGAGAGCAUGCUCUUUGGGAAGGGGUAUCAAAGCCCUACAGGGAAACAAUUCGAUCUUUUUUAGCUUACUUUCAGAAUCAGAUUCUUCGACGGUCUAAGGAAUCAUUUUGUUUCAGUAAUGGCAGCAUUGGGAAUUUUUUCUUUGCAGGAGCUCGCAUAUUCUUUGACUCUUUAGAUGCUGCAAUAUUUUUGUUUUCACGUGUUUCAGAUCUUCCCACAGAAAGUCUUAUCCUUCCAGUAAUUUCCACCAAUGACAGGUUUACACUGGGAUGUGAAUUGUGGGAUGGAUCUAUUAUACGUGGUCAGAAUGAGAUAUCUCAUCCAACAAGUGGAUCCAUGCAACCAAUAAACAAGGAAAUCUCUUCAGUUCGACCUCUACCUUCAGCAAUAAAGCGGGUGUUCUAUAUGUCAAGUGAAGGAAGAAAUUUGUUGCAUGAGGUGUUCCCCACAGCAAACCCAGCUGUGCUGGACCAGUUAAGCAAUGUAGAUUGCAUUGUUUAUGCUAUGGGCUCCCUCUUUACUUCCAUUUGCCCAUCACUGGUAUUACUUGGCAUAGGGGAGAUUAUCUCUUCAAGCUCUUGUUUGAAGGUACUUCUGUUGAAUGGUACACAUGAUCGAGAAACUAGUGGCUUCUCUGCUUCUAGAUUUGUAUCUGCCAUUACAGAUGCUCUAAAUCGAACUUAUGGAGAUCCUCAGAAUCGUCUUAAGAACCCUCCAAGUCAGUAUAUCAAUACUCUUCUAGUGCCCAAAGAUGGUCAAAUUCCUGUAGAUGUUCAAUGCUUGGCUUCACAAGGAAUCUUUCAUGUGAUAACUGUGGAUUCAAUAUGUGAUCCCGACAUGGGUAUAAUUUUUGACCCAAAAUCAUUAAUAAGAGCUCUGGCAGAUUUGAUAGGCAGACAAACGACCACAAAUGUUAUAGAGGCACAGUGAAUCUAUGGAAGCACAAACAAUAUUAGCAAGCUGGUUAAAUUACACAUGACACCUGAUCUUGCUUCAUGUCAGGUCCAUUUUGAGAUGUUUAGCACAUCUUGUAGUGAUUCCAAAAAAUGAAAAUAUCGUGGGAUUCUCAGAAUCUCAGAUAGAUUUGUUCUGCCUCAUGUAUCCAGCAUGUGAAAUUGAUUCAAGGGGAUAUUUGAAGACAUAACCCAUUUGGUUUUUAUCAACUGAUAAAUGGGGAAGCCUGGUUCCCCUGCUCUGUGUUUCAAAUUCCGUGAAAUACUUGGUGUUGUAUGUUUGUUCCUCGAGUUUUUCCCUUCAAUCCAGUAAAUAUGGUGCAGUUGCGGUUCCCCCGAGUGCAGAAAGGGAAACCAUGAAAUGUGCAGAAUUUAAGAUGUAUUUAUGUAUUCUGAAUAUGCAAACUUCAAAACAUGAUUAUAUUGUUCUCUGUAAGUAAAUUUGAUUUGCAUUUUGUACCCUUUUCCUGAAA